AUGCAUGACUGGGCGUCGAUGCCAGAGAUGCUGAGUCCCUGUGGUGCUUCGAACCUGGGACAGCCGUGUGAUUUGCCGUCCGAGUCAGACAGUUUGUUGGGUAGCACGAUUCAGGAGAAGACGCGUCGCAUCUUGGGUUGGACGUACGAAACCGUACCCAUUACCGACUACUCGCCGUUGUCCAUUCAUCAGUCGCCGAGAAAGACAAGCAACGGCCGUCGAAGUCGCGUGGAUAAGAACAGAAAGGCUAAGCAGAUGAUUACUUCCAGCGUGGCACCGUAUCCGUUCAAUUUGGUGUCCCCUCCUCCUCCUGCUCCUCCUCCUCAUCAUCAAAGGCAGGCGCUUUCGCCUCUAUCCAACUGCCCCCUUGGCCUGCUGGUUGUGGGAAACAACGUGGGCCUUCAGCAGAAGGGGCCCAAUAACUUCAGUCAGGUUCUGUCCUCAGAAAUGCCGCUACAAAACGGUGUCGUUACCUCAUGCACGUCGAAGGUCGAAACGCCGGCCUGCACCGUGCCUUCCUCCUACAAGGCACCAAUGGUCAGUCCUGCGCGACCCGUGUCGAACGAAACAUGCUCUUCUCCUGUGCUGACCGCUGCCGAAUCGUCUCCCGCUCCAGCAAGUUCUCGGCUGGUCGCGUCAGCCAAAACUUCUGGGGAGAUUUUCGAGAUGUUGCGCCAGGAGGUGCCGAACCUUAGUCAAACACAGAACCGCUUUCGCACGCUGAUCGAAAUGGUAGCUAGCGUGAUGGAACUUGAAUCGCAAUUGAAGCAGCUGAAGGAAGAGACCCGCAAGGUCAGUGGUAUGCUGAACAGCAGGAAGGACUGCCAUUCCGAGGUGGUGGUGCCCGGCCGCGGCGAUUGGACAUCUGAAUUUGGCGAGAGCGACUUCGGCGGGACACCUCUUGGCAUGGACUCUGCUGUGGCUUCGUCUCCAUCUCGAUUCAUUGCAGACCACAUGGAGGACAAGAACAGGCUGACCACCUCUCUCAAUUCCUCCACUAAUCUGACUGAAAUGAAAAGUGUUAACGUCGGCGGUGGCUGUGGACCUGCGAUCGAUGUGCCGGAUGAUUUGAUAAGCAUCGACGUCACUGCCUUCAAGACCCUAGUGGACGAUGGUCGCCAACGACCGACAACCACAACAACAGCAACGGCCGACGGCGUGGACAGUCAUUGCGGAGGAGGUGACGUGCUUUUCGAGCCGGACUACUCGCCUCUGGGGGUCGCCUCCGAUGGCUACAAGUCCGUCGUCUUCCCGUACGCAGUGGACAUCGGCGUCACCACUGACCGUGACCGCCUGAUCAUCGGUACCUCGUUCUGA